CUUGUCAGACACGGCGGCAGUCACUCGUUGCAACUAAAGCAGUAGACUAGAUAUAUUUAGUGAAGAACUCAAAAAAUCUGUACCACAAAGAAUACCGCCGACUGCAGAAAAUUUACCAUAGAAUAGAAUGUACAAUAUUUGUGGAAAAUAGCUUUCCGUGUUUUAACAAAUUCGUGUGUGAAGCGAUGUGUUUAAUCUAAAGUUGUGAUUCCUUGUUGUGUUUUGUGCUGUGAUAGCGCGGUAAUAAUUAAUGCGAGUGAAUGAAGUGUAUUUGUGUAGUAAAAUCGUAGGUAUAUAUAGAAAAAUAAAUAAAUAAGCAGCAAAGCAAAUAUCGAUUAUAAGCAAAAAAUAUGAGAUUCGUGCAACGAUAUAUGUGGUUCAGUUAUGACCGGUAGCAAGCUCUGCAACAACAAAAAUUCUGUUCAACUGGCGAUUUUAAAACUGUGAUUGAAGACAAUUAUCAAAUCAGCGAAGCAACCAAAAAUUAAUCUGAAAAUUAAAAAUUCAACACAAAUCGUCCAUUUUCUCUACACACGAUAUUAUGGAUUGGAGCUGGGCUAUUGCCGGUGUCAACGAUGAAAUACCACGUACAGCCGGACCUGAAUGUAUCAACUACAUGACUAAUCGUCGCCGCUGGAUUGAAUCCACUAUUUUAAGCGCAAUCUUCAUUUAUCUAAUAUGCUGGGCCACAAGACGCAUGGAUUCGAUUAUAAUGCCACCGCUUAAGGAGAUAAAUAAGCCACACUCCGCCAUAAGACUUACGCUAAUGCUAUUGAUGACCUUCAUAUUUGGCGUAGAAAUGGGCUUUAAAUUUGCCAACAAAAAUAUGAUAUAUGUUUUGAAUCCAUGCCACAUCCAAACUUUGGUCCAGAUCUACCUUUUAGCAGCAAAGCCUAGUAAGACGACCAUCGCUUUAUUUCGCAUACAAAUGAAUAAUUUAAAUGGUCCCUUUUUGGCGUUUCUAUUCCCGGAAGUAGAAUGUCGUACAUUACAUUUUGAACAGGCAACUUAUUGGAUUCAGCAUGCCUUACUCUAUAUAAUACCGGCUUAUAUAUUAAGAAGUGGUGCGUAUCAAAUUGAGGACUUAUUUGAUUACAAUUGGACUACUAUCGGAACUGCUACAAUGCUGCUAUAUCAUUUCGCCUUUUUGACCCCUAUUUCGAUGUUUACUGGCAUAAAUCUGAGUCAUAUGUUAUGCGCUGCGCUAUCAGAUCCAUUUCAAGGUCAAAAUUAUCGCAUCGCCGCUACGAUACAUGAAAUCUUUCUAUGUCCUAUUUUGAACAAAACAACUGUACUAAUAUUUAGCAAACCAACAGUUAUGUCUAAUGUCAAAAGACUAAGACCCAAAUUCGAAUUGCCCCUAAAUAAGAGCGCCAAAAGCGACAGACGUCUCUCAACAGAUAAUCCGUUACUCACUACACGUGGGACCCAUACACCAGUGCAGCUGUCAAAAUCAGUACCAACGACACCCACAUCCUUUGCACCAACCACAAACAGUUCACCAAUUAGUGAAAUUUCAUUGGUUGCCGAAAUGGCGGCCGCUGUAGCUGCUGGCAGUGGACCUGUCACCAUGAUGCGACGAAUGAAACGAAAUUCCAUAAAUUUACUAACGUCGGACAUUGUGGGUGUUGGUCAACUGCGUAAUGAUGCAUACAAUAAUGCUGAUGAGUUGGUAAAUGGUGAAUAUACGUGCGCUACAACUGUUAGUGACGGUAAAUCUUUUAAGCCAGCCACAAAAAUUGACUAGUAUAUGUAUAACGUUGGAUUUUGUCAGAUUUUGGUGCAUACCCAUAAAUUUCAUUUCAUGCUUGUAGUGCUGGUAUAGUGAUAUUAAGUGCGAUUAAUUUGGCAAGUCAAUUGUAUUUGAGACUAAACGGCUAAAAAAUCAAGCGGUCAUGCUUUAAUGUACCUGAGUAAUCCAGAAGCUGAUAAUGUCAGUAAAUUCAGAGAGGAAAUUCAAAUUCAAAAUUAUGGUGGCAAUAAAUCUUAAAUUUUUUUACAUAUAGCGGCUGUAAGUUAUAUAAAUAUAACGAAUGCGAGUGGUUGGAGGAAUGUAAAUACAUAUACAUAUGUAUAGAACACAGUAACUUAAUAAAUUUGCAUACGCUCUCAAGAUACUGUAGACAUAUGCAUACAUAUGCAUGCAAACAUACGAUUAAUUUAAUUUUAAAUGUAAACUAAGUAACCUACACACAUUAAUAGUUAUUACUCGAAAUCUAUAAUAAAUUAAACAGAUAAUCUUUUUGUCAUGCAACCAAAGAGAUUACAUAAGGAAAAAAUUUAAAAUUUUUAUAUACAAUUAGGGUUGUUAGAAGACAUUGCAAAACAAUUACGGAAAAUCGGUAAACUUCAAAUGCUCAUCAAAAAUGGUUCUCAAUAUCGUCACGAUGUUGUUAAGCAUAUAAUUUAAUAACUACAAAAAUCACAUACAUAUGUACAUAUAACUAUAUGAAUAGUGUUAAGUGAACUUGUAUUAAUUUUUCUUGCCAAUUAAUGAAAAUGUUAACUAUGUAUGUAGCUUUCGACUAGUGUCCAACCAAACCGAAAGAUGUAGUGAAUAUAUUGAAUAUAUCCUAAUUUUCAGACAAUUGCAUGAAGCAACAAAAAAUAUCUCAAAUAUUUAGUACUGGAUGCAUAAAAGUUGUGAUUUCUCAAAUGAUAAUUAUUAUUUUAAAAUAUAAACGAAAAAUUCGCAUUAUAUAUGCCUGAUAUAUCGUAGAUAAGUUUAGCUUAUCGUGAAUUAUAUUCAUAAAUGAAUAAAAAAUAUAUAUGUAUAUUGUAAAAAAACUUAGUUAAACUAAACUAAUACUCAAAAUGACUGUAAUCUGUUUCCAAAGACAUAUAUAUGAAUAUAUUAUAUUAUUACUACUUAAAAAAUAAAAAGAAAACAAUAAAAACUCAUUUUAACAAUA